GAGCCUGUCGCUGUUUCUCCCGCCACUUACGACCGACGAGUUCCUUUUCAACAUUCAACAGAAAUCAUGACUGGUCGAGGUGGAGGCGGCGGUCGCCGCGUUUUGCUGCCCCCCAUUAACAUGAUCUUCAAGCUGCUUCAGAGCAAUGCUACUGUCAGCGUCUGGUUGUACGAGCAGCUUUCAAUCCGCAUUGAGGGCAAGAUCCGGGGCUUCGACGAAUUCAUGAACCUGGUUAUCGACGACGCCGUGGAGGUCAAGCAAAUCACAAAAACCAAUGACAAGGAGUCAAGGAAACCCCUGGGCCAAAUCUUGCUCAAGGGCGACAACGUCUCUCUAAUCCAGAACCUGUCGAGCUAGACUGGGUUUUCUAAAUAAUACACACUGACAUGUGAGGAUGGGAGUUGCUUAUAUUUUGACAAGAUACCAUAUUCAAAUGGCACGCACGGGAUAUUCUUAUUAUUUACCAUGUAUCACACCUGGGUAGCAAACAAACAACGGGAUCGGGACAAUAGAAAUUGAUUCAUUCAAAAAAUACCAGAUGAA